CGUUCGUUACCUCUUCUUUCUAUAUUAUUGCUAAUUUUGACUUAAAUGGCGAAAAAGCCGAACGUCAGUGGGUUCAAGCCUAUUUGCUGUGACGUGAAUUCUAGGAGACACCUGCAGUACAUUGCGUUUGGGUUCUUGUUUUUAUGAUGGAACUACAAUGAAUGGUUGAACGCUGUCAUUACACUAUUAUUCGUGAAUACGAAUAUGGCUUUCAAUGAAUGCUCAUUUAUAUAAUUCUCAAUUCUGCGAAUUGUGGACUAUUCCUGCUUUGCUGAGUAUUCUAAUUCAUCUAGAGAUCGUUGAUCUGUUGGUUUCUGCUAAGUCACUAUGUGAUAUACUACCGCAUUUCUGCUAACCUGAUGCUUACGGCUGCUCGAAGCACUCCAAAAAAUGGACCGACACGAUCAUCUGUUCUAACCAUCUUCUGUGAACGCAUAUGUUUUGAUAUUGCUCUGCUAACAGACAUCGCUACUCUAUGCAUAGCUCCAAUCCGGAAAGUCUGUGCGCCCGUCAUCACUCUCACUUGCAACGGCCUCCAUCGCUUUUGGCGGAUCUCAAGAAGACGUCAAGAAAGUUGGAGCUUCAUGUAG